UAGUAAAUGGAUUUAAUAUUGAGCAACACACAAACAUACAUAUUGGGUAAGGCUGUUUGAUAUGUCACCAUAAAACAAAGAAACAAACAAAAAACAAUGGCUUUAUGAUGUCUACUGAAUUGGUUAGGCUAUUCAUUGGCUACUUAUACUGACAUAUCAACAAUUGUCUGAAUUUUUGGGUUGCCAGGUUCUAAGAAUGGAUAAUAAAAAUUACAUUUGCACUGACUCAGAAAGUUUCUAAUGGUGGCCUAUUACAAUGUGGUGGCCUAUCAAACCUGGUUGUUGUCUAACUUGUUACAAAUUUCAACAAAUAUCUCACUGAGGAAUUAAUCCCUGCGUGAAUGAGGAACCAUACUCUAACUAUACUAACACCACUGUGCUCAGUGUGGCUCUUGUGAAAUUCAUUUAUUUCAUUGGCUCGUGCGACUCCAGCGCUCCUCCCGCUGUCUGUCACCCGCCGUCGCUCACUUCUCUCCCUCGCGCAGGAGCGUCUUCAACGGGGUGCUCUAUUGUAAUUGGCCGCUUCGGUUGUCCGUCGAGCGCGCUCUAUCGUGGGAUUGGGUUUCUGCCGGAGCUGCGUCCCUCUUGGCUGUACCUGUCUCACUGUGAGAGGCUGACAGCUCUUCCUGCUCCGCCAACAGCUCCCGCCCCGCCAUCCAGCUCCAAGGAAGGAAGGAGGAACUGCUCUAGCCGCAUGUGUCACUUCGAGUAUGCUGCAAAACCGUGCUGCUAUGUGACUCCCUGGGACUACUUAGCUCGCGUUGCGGUUGGUGGGAAGCAAGGUUAGAAAGUUUCGGUUCACAGCCAGUGUUCGGGGGGGAGCGGGGCCGCGUAGGCAAGGUGGUGCAAGUAGUUUCGGAAGUGGAGCGUGGCAGCGAAAAGGAAGAAGGAGGGGGGGCUUUUCUUUCCUGUGUCAUAAAGGAUAGCUCGCAUCGCUUGCUUGCCACGACAGGACUGACGUAGAAUAUGGCGGAGCAUCACCCGGUUUCCGACAACAAACACAAAUCCUCACUCAACUCCGGAGCGUCGUACUCGGGGAACGGGCGCAGCAGCACGGCGGUCGGAGAGAGGGGCAGCACCGCCGGGUCAGGAGGAGGAGGAGGAGGAGGUCUAUCCGGCGGCCUGUCGCAGCCAGCCGGGUGGCAGUCCCUGCUGUCUUUCACCGUCCUGUUCCUGGCCUGGCUGGCCGGUUUCAGCUCCAGGCUCUUCGCUGUCAUUCGCUUCGAGAGCAUCAUUCACGAGUUUGACCCCUGGUUCAACUACAGGUCGACUCACCAUCUCACCACCAAUGGCUUCUAUGAGUUCCUCAACUGGUUUGAUGAAAGAGCCUGGUAUCCUCUGGGUAGGAUAGUUGGGGGCACGGUAUACCCAGGUCUGAUGGUCACAGCAGGCCUCAUCCACUAUGUGCUCAACCUGCUCCACAUCACCGUCCACAUCCGGGACGUAUGUGUGUUCCUCGCUCCAGUGUUCAGCGGCCUGACCUCCAUCUCCACCUUCCUGCUGACGAGGGAGCUGUGGAACCAGGGUGCUGGGCUGCUUGCGGCCUGCUUCAUUGCCAUCGUCCCUGGCUACAUCUCCCGGUCUGUUGCUGGCUCCUUCGACAAUGAAGGAAUUGCCAUCUUUGCCCUGCAAUUUACCUACUAUCUCUGGGUAAAGUCAGUGAAGACAGGAUCAGUCUUCUGGACCAUCGGAUGCUGCCUCUCCUAUUUCUACAUGGUUUCAGCUUGGGGGGGUUACGUGUUCAUCAUCAACCUCAUUCCUCUUCAUGUAUUUGUACUGCUGCUCAUGCAGCGCUUCAGUAGGAGAGUCUACAUAGCCUACAGCACCUUCUACAUCAUUGGCCUGGUCUUGUCUAUGCAGAUCCCCUUUGUGGGCUUUCAGCCAAUAAGGACCAGUGAGCACAUGGCUGCAGCAGGGGUGUUUGUGCUGCUUCAGGUCUAUGCCUUCCUGCAGUACCUAAAGGACAGACUGACCAGGCAGGAGUUCCAGACUCUCUUUUUCCUGGGAGUCUCUGUAGCUGCUGGUGUGGUUUUUCUCUCUGUCAUCUACCUGACAUACACAGGGUACAUUGCUCCAUGGAGUGGGCGCUUCUACUCCCUCUGGGAUACUGGCUAUGCUAAGAUCCACAUUCCAAUUAUAGCAUCAGUAUCUGAGCACCAGCCCACCACCUGGGUGUCCUUCUUCUUUGACCUCCAUAUCCUUGUGUGCACCUUCCCAGCAGGCCUCUGGUUCUGCAUUAAGAACAUCAAUGAUGAACGUGUCUUUGUGGCCCUGUAUGCCAUCAGCGCUGUAUAUUUUGCUGGCGUAAUGGUGCGUCUGAUGCUCACUCUGACUCCGGUGGUGUGCAUGCUGUCGGCAGUCGCCUUCUCAAGCGUCUUUGAACACUACCUGGGAGAUGACAUGAAGAGGCAGAGCCCGCCUGCAGAGGACAGCAGUGACGAGGACGACAGGAAGAAUGCUGGGAACCUCUACGACAAGGCAGGCAAGGUACGUAAACACGUAUUGGAGCAGGAGAAAGCUGAGGAGGGCCUCGGCCCCAACAUCAAGUCCAUAGUCACCAUGCUGAUGUUGAUGCUGCUCAUGAUGUUUGCCGUCCACUGCACCUGGGUCACCAGCAAUGCCUACUCCAGCCCCAGUGUGGUGCUGGCAUCAUACAACCAUGAUGGCUCCCGUAACAUCCUUGAUGACUUCAGGGAGGCCUACUAUUGGCUGAGGCAGAACACAGACGAGCAUGCUAGAGUGAUGUCCUGGUGGGACUAUGGCUACCAGAUAGCCGGCAUGGCAAAUAGAACAACGUUGGUGGACAACAACACAUGGAACAACAGUCACAUAGCACUGGUGGGUAAAGCUAUGUCAUCCAAUGAGUCUGCAGCCUAUGAAAUCAUGAGGUCAUUGGAUGUUGACUAUGUCCUGAUCAUCUUUGGAGGUGUGAUUGGCUACUCAGGUGAUGACAUCAACAAGUUCCUGUGGAUGGUGCGCAUCGCAGAGGGGGAGCACCCCAGAGACAUCAGGGAAAGUGACUACUUCACCCCGCAAGGAGAGUUCAGAGUGGACAAAGCUGGUUCCCCCACCCUCCUCAACUGCCUUAUGUACAAGAUGUCUUACUAUCGCUUUGGAGAAAUGCAGUUGGACUUCCGGACUCCACCUGGCUUCGACCGAACACGCAAUGCCGAGAUUGGCAACAAGGACAUAAAGCUGAAGCACCUGGAGGAGGCCUUCACCUCAGAGCACUGGUUGGUCAGGAUUUAUAAGGUCAAAAAGCUGGAGAACAGAGACCGCUUGGAGCACAAGCUGCGAGGCACUGACACCACUAAGCAGAAGUACACCUCCAAAAAGACAGCCAAGAGGAAGCGGGGAUACAUCAAGAACAAGCUUUCUCUCAAGAAGGGCAGGAAACUGACCAACAAAUCUUUAUAGAGAGUCCACCACCAACAGAGGCACUUUGAGGAUGGGAGGAAGAAAAAAUCUUAAACACAAAACUUUAAAUAAAAAAAAACAACAAAAAAAAACAAGCAGCAACGGUAAAUCCACCAAUCAAGAUGAAUAAGGAACACCAGAGGUUCUCCAGGGCCCUGUCAUCCCACGUGUACUCACCUGGAGGUCCAGGCUGGAAAAGUUAUUAACACCCAAGGAACCUCUAAAAGAUGGAAGGGUCAUUAUGUUGUACAGUCUUGCUUUGGGGCCAGACUGUGGUGAUAGCUGUAUUGAAGUCAAUGAGAUGCAUGGAGAAACACACUAAACCCUGACAUAUCUAGUAUGAUUUCUGAUGAAAGAAUGCCUCCUGGAAAUGAAAGACCACACUUCAGAGGGUCUGGCCCCAAAGUGACAUCGUGUGACGUUAUGACCCUUCCUUCUUCGUAGGAUACUUGCUAUCGCCUGGGGGAAGUGUUGAACCUCAGCUGACCUGAUGAACAGGGUCAAGGAGGCAGAGAAUGGGAGAUGUUGGCCUCCGCACAGUGGUUUUAAGCUGAAGAACUGUGACCUUUGACCCGCUUUUCUUUUUGGACUUGAACAUGAUUGGAGACAGAGAGCAAAAGAGACUAGCUGUCCUCAAUCCAGGGAUUCAGUUCGGGACUGCUUCUGUCAUUCAGAUAUAAAAUAACAUGAAUACACCACGGUUCUACCAUGUCCCCAGUUCAUACUGAAACCCCAGACCUGCUCAAAAAGAGGUUAAGAGAGAUGUUAGGGUGAAGUGGUGUUUUCCCCUUGUUGGAGUUUAUUCACUUCUCUUCAAAAUUCAGUUAAAUGGAAACAGAAGUGUACCUGCUUUUUUAUUGUUAACCUGCAGUCAGAGGCAGUACCUUUCAGAUGUAUGAGUUUGUGCUUAGAUGCUUUUGAAAGGACCUGGUGUUGGAAGAUUCUCAGUAGCCUGUUUUCCUUUACAAUCUCAUUAGAAUCCAUUAUUAUCAGCAGCAUGCAUGAACACAUGCCAACAAGGAGAAGCCACCACUUUUCAUACAACCUAACAUAUCUCUUUAGAACCAGACUAUGUGAAAGGAAAUGUCCAUUACAACUUAUUCUAUUAGUAAUAAUCACACUUUACUCACCAAGGUAAAUGCUGAGACCUGGACACACAGCAACAUCAGGAGAAGAAACAGUCAGGAAGUCGGACCAGUUUUAAAGAAGCCUCCAGGUUAGACACUAACAAAGGCAAACUGUCUCUUUAUUACCAAACUGUCUGUUGUAAACAUCGAUCACUAAUUCAUGGUUCAACUUGAUCACUUUACUUGCUGUAGUUGUGCAAAUUAGAGCUGCAAUGAUUCAACUGGUUUCUCCAAGUGUUAACUGUUAAAUUAAUCUGCAGCUAAUUUGUAUCAUCAAUUGAUCAGUUUGGGGACUUUAUAUAAAAACUUGUCAAAAUUAAUAUCCCAGGAAUAUUUCAAUUUAAGAUGCACUCGCUUUCAGUUUUUCCUCAAAUUAAAAGGCUCUUCCAGAAACGUAGUACUGCACUUCCUUUAAGCUGGAGGACUCCGAAGAGACAGAACAUGAAAGGUGUGUGAGCAGCAAGGCUGUUGUGUUUUUCAUGUCAUUUUGAUGUCACUGUGUUCCCAGAUUUCAGCAUUAACUGAAAUGGGUACAGUAUUAUCAUAAACGAUAGAAACGAUGGCUUAACUCUGGAGAUAGUUAUCAAGUUAUGAUAAACCCAAUUUAAUGUUUAAGCUGUGUAACACUGUAGAGCCACACUGAACAGACCAGCUCAGAGGGUAAAACGUGUGUAUGAAAAUAUCUUGGUUUAAGAUGCGGUAGGGAAGCCAAGACACGAGCCCCAGGUCUACAUGUUAUCACUGAUGAUGAUGAUGAUGAUGAUGGUGAUUAAUGUAUGAAUACGUUACUCACACACAAUGUCCCCAAGGGAAUGCAUGCACAUGGAUUUCUGAGCCUCAGGGUGGGAAAAUGAAUGUAGAGACAAGAAGCAGUGUAAUACAUAUGUGUGCAGUGUUUACUAAACAGCCUGAAGGUAAACUGGACUGAAUCGGGUAGAGCGCUACUGGAUCUGAUUCAUUUGGGAGACACUACCACUUUGAAAUAAUUGGGCCCAUGUACGUAUUUUUUGUUGCUAGUAGAAUACGCUAACAGGGGGUGUCUGCGAGUGUUUCCAUUGAAGCCAUUUGACGUUUAGCACUGUUCUUAUCAGAUAUGAAACCCUUUCAGGAGCUUUUAAAACACUGUUACAGUCAAAAACAAUCUGAACGGAAAGCAGCAGUGUGUCGUUAACACUCAUCUGUCAAAUGUUCCACUGCACUCUGUAGAUACAGCCUGCUCGUCCUCUUCACAGGUACAGUGACAGCAUCACACUCGGCUCCUGAUUGUUAUCGUGAAAUUCAGAGAGGACUUUAUGGCGUCCUCUGAGCUGUCAGGACGAGGAGGAUUCAUGUUUCCAAACACAGGAAGGGGACAUUCAGAGGGUUAAAACAUUACACUCUACUGCUUAUUUGUAAUUGGCUGAAUUUCCUUUUUUCUUUUUUCUUUUUUUUUUUUUAGUUGUGUCAUGCACUGGUUAGUGGCAUAAAGGUGACUGUUUCUUUCAGUGUGUGAUUUAUAAUGAUUUGAGUGGAAUUUGUUUCCUUGUUCUCUUUGAUUUAAUCUGCCUUACUCUUGUUUCUUGAAGACAUGAAACGUAUCCAUUCUGCGUGAGCCAACUUUGAUUCAGUUGUUUUUGUCACAAGAAUGCCAAUUUAAGCAGUUCCAGACAGCAUUGGCCUUAACAGAAAAAACUAAAAGAAUAAUAUCAUUUCCAGAGCUCGACAGAGCCAAUGAGUUUAUUUAUUACAUAGACAAUGGAAGCUGCGUUGACUACAGCAGGCGUAGUUUCCUAUCGCAAAAUGCAAGGAUUUUAUUUUUUGAUUUUCUAAGUCAAAGUUUCUUCCAUCAAUUGUAAUGAUCUGGAUGCAGGUAUGAGAAUGAAAUAUGGCUUUUUGAAUAAAGAGGUUGAAAUAACA